GCGUAGCCCCGCUCUCGGCCUCGCUCUCGCGCUCGGCCGGCGCUCCCGGUCUGCCCCGCACCCGGCUCCCCGCCUCCCGCGCCCGCAUGCACAGACCCAGCUUCCGCCCGCCCACGCCGCCCUACGCGGGGCCUGGGCCGGGCUCGUGGGGAGGCGGCGGCGGCUUCCGGAGCCCCUCGGGCCCGCGCCCGCCUUCCCCCCGGGACGGCUACGGGAGCCCGCACCAGACGCCGCCCUUCGGGCCCCGAGCCCGGCCCCGCGUGCCCGCCUCCGGCUCCCCGGCCUCGGGCCCCGGCUACUCGGGCCCUCCGGCCGGCUUCUCCCCCGGCCACCCGCCCAGGCUGCUGCAGGGUUCACCCAGGACAUCUACACCAUUUGGUUCAGCGCGGGGCAAAGAGAAAAGAAUGUCUAAUGAUGUGGAAAACUAUUUCAAACCUUCAAUGCUUGAGGACCCCUGGGCAGGACUAGAACCUGUUUCUGUAACAGAUGUAAACCAGAAAUACAACAAUGAGCAAACAGUAUUUACUGGCAAAAGGGGGAGAUAUUUUAAUUAAAUGUUCUUAAAAGUCCAAUGGAACUCUCUGUCAGAAAAAGAACAAGACAUCUUUAUUUGAAAAAACAAAGUUGAACUCCACUGCCAAUCUGGAUGCAAAUGCUGCCUUUCUGAAGAUUCACCAGCAGUUGAUUUAAUGAGAUUUUGAUAGAUUUCACACCCUAUAUGGACUGUGCUCAACUACUCUUGUGGACUAAUUACUGCCCCUCAUUUUUUUUUUUUUUUUUUUUUAUAUUUGUAGUAUGAGCUUUCUGAGUCCAUGUUUUGUAAUAUUUUCUUCAUGAAGUUUUUCAGAUGUUCAAUCAGCAGGAUUUGGAGUUCAUGAAAUGGCCUAUUUUGUAACUGUCAUGCUGUUUAAAAUAUGCCAUGUGAUUCUGUGUACCAUGUCUUUUGUAAUUUUAACAAUCUGUCCUACUCAUCACCAUUUCCAGAAAGAACUGUUGUGGCUUUUGAAAAUUAAAUUGUUAAACCCAUAAUGCACAUUUGGAUCUUUAUUUGUUCAUUUGCUUUUUUGUUUGCUUCAAAAUCCAUGCUUUCAUAAUUAGGCAUCAUCAGUAAUGUUUCCAGUCUAUUUGGCCAUCCUGUAUAGGAUGUUUAACAAUAAAUGGAUGGAAAAAAAUGUUUCCUUGCUAUUUUACCUAGCCCACAUCUGUUAGAUUAUGUUUAAUUUGGAAUUAUAGUUCAGCAAGAAUGAUUGUAAUCCCAUUUGUUAUAUAUCAAAUUUACUUUGAAAAUACUUUUUUUCUCUGGAACCUGUUGCUGUUUGAGGUGGGAGUUGGAGCCAAGAGGUAAUAUUAGUCUGUCCAUGGAACAGAGACAUUGUCAGCAUAUUUACAGUUUUUUUGAUUUGUCUUUAAUUCACUGAUACAGAUGUGUUUCAACUGAAAGAAGUUGCAAGAAAGGUAUUAGUCGCUCUUAAAAUUGAAAGUAUGUGCAUUUAUAGUCCUUUCUCCUGAAUUAUCGCUGGCUUCUUGCAAACUUUGGAUGUAUUUGUGAGUGUAGUACUCUGUAUUAGCACAGUAAUUGUUGCAUAAUAGGCUUGCCUUUAAUAAAUGUUUAUUUGACUAGAUGGAUAGUCGUAGGGUGGUUAAAUUUUAGUUUGGGUUUUUUCCCCUUAAGGCUUCUAGAACUAAAUACGAGUUCUCUUGUCUGUAACCAAUUUUUGUGUUUUACAAAGACCUGCGGGGCCGGUCAUCUUUUGCAUGGGAUGAUGCUAAAUAACCCUCUUAAUCAGGGGGUGACAGCUACUGUCAAUACUGAAUUUAAAGCAGACUGUCCAGAGCUUUCUGGAGACAAGAAUAAGGGCAAAGCAACAGCUACUUUAGAAUGUAAUCAUGAGAAAUUGGACCCAAAUGAAGGCAAAUCCCUGGGGAAACAAUACUUUCCUGUCAUCGAACAGCUUUUUAGGACACAAAAGUUUUAGGUUAUUUUAGAGGGCAAUGCGGAGUCGGAAAGAUCUGAGUAUGACCCCGCUCUGUGACUAACCCCAGAGCCUCAGUUUCCUCGGCUAUCAAGUGGAUUCAUAAUAAAGACUGUACUCCAAAUGAGAAGGUUGAAUAGAGCCCUGGUCUCCAGCUCUUCAGUUUCUGGGUAAAAAUGUGGGGAAAUGCUCACAUAUCUUCUAGGUAUGUGUUUUGUCCUGUGGCUUCAUGAAUUUUAAGAAACAAGAUUCCAAGGACUACAGGUGGAUAGCAGCAACAGAUCCGUAAGUCGCCACAUUCUUGAAAGCAUCCUCAAGUCAUACUGUUAAGCCUUGCUAUUUCUCAAGUAAUAAAAUACUUCUUCAUUCCCUGGACCAGAUUCAUACUGAAGGAAUUGGCCAACCUCAGCAGCCAUCCUAUUCCUAUUUUGGUGAUAUCUUCUAAAGAGACUCAGGCUGUCUUUUUCCAAGAAAUUUGGAGCUUGGACUUUUCCUGGGCCCUGUAAUAAGUAUGUCAUUAGGCCUCUGCCAGGUAUCAGACUCUGGGGCUUCUCCCCAAAGGGAGUGGAUGUGGUGGAGUCUGAGGAAUUGGAAUUACUGAUGUUGCAACUGAAUGGAAUUCACUGGUCUAACUCAUUCAGAAUUUAAUGCCUAUGUAUGUUGAGCACUUGGUGGGAAGACCAGGAGAUACAAAAACAGGAGGGGAAAUUGUCCUCCAAGAAGUAACAUUCUACUGCAAACAAAUGGUGUUUCACAUCAUCAUUUGAUCAUUUGAAAAGUGUCUGGCUAGCUGGGGAUCAGGAAAGGCUUCCUAGAAGUUGGCAGCCUGAAGGGAUCCUUGAAGGAAGCUGAGGAUUUGGAGGCAGGAAGGCUAUUCCAGAUAUAGGGAACAGAAGAGGGGAAAUGGGCUUUUGAGUGGGGGGGUGGGGUGUCCGGAACCCAGAGCAUGAAAGGGAGAGAGAAUUGGAAAGAAGUGGAGGAAGGGCAGCUAUGGGGGCAGGGGAUGUUUUGCUGCAUCUGGAAUCAGGACGACCUGAGUUCAAGUGUGGCCCCGAUACUA